GACUUCUCCGAAGCUCGAACACCUCCAACUCCGCAGACAGCGAAUCUGACUCCAUUGAUUAUUGUUCACACCGCGCAUCUCUAGAAGGAGAUCCAUAGAAGGACAGCUUCUUCGUUAAUGCUAUAAUACAAUAGCGGUACAUCAGACACUUCUACCAGACUAGCAAUUCGAUCCAAGCUCGAUCUCAGAUUGAUCAGAUCGAAAUCAUCAUGGCUCAGCCAUUUUCGCACGCCAGACGCCCUAUCGCGGCAGCAGUCACAGCUUCAUGGUCUAAUGCACCAUUGACCUGCUCAUCCUCAUCUGCCCGCCCACUCUUUCUGCGAAGCCAGCAGCUCAUUUCUCGCCAAUUCCACCAGCAGAACGUACGAUCGCAACGACGCUUCCAGUCCCUCACUAGAUGCACGGCACCUUCUAUCAGAUCCUCUGUUACUCGACACUAUCACUCUCAAUUCCACCCAGCCCUUCCUACGCAUGAGUAUACCAAUUCCCAAGCGACCAUUCUCUCCGCCGCUCUCGAACACGUUCCACAGCACGGUUUCACACUCGAUGCACUAAGGCUCGGAGCGCGCGAUGCAGGGUUCCUGGAUGUCUCGAUCCAGCUUCUUCCGCGCGGCGAGAUGGACCUGGUCAUGUUCUGGUUGGCGAGUCGAAGGGGUCUGUUGAGAGCCAAGGUCGAGACUGGAUUGUUUGAGAAGAGCAAUGUUGCAGAAGGACAGAAGAAGGUGCUCUCCGUUGAGGAAAAGGUGAAGAUUCUGGUUAUGGAACGGUUGAGGAUGAAUGAGUCGAUUAUACAUAAGUGGCAGGAUGCUCUCGCCCUCAUGUCAUACCCGUCAAAUAUCCCCAUUUCUCUCUCCGAACUACAUGCCCUCUCCUCUGAUAUCCUCAACCUGGCCGGCGACAAGUCCGUCGACGCCUCGUGGUACACGAAGCGUCUUUCUCUAUCUGCCAUUUACGCCAGCUCGGAAGUUGUCAUGACCCAAGAUACCAGCUCGGGAUUCCGCUCUACAGAAGCAUUCGUCAACCGUCGUGUUGAAGAUAACCAAUAUAUCGGCCAGAAGGUCUGUGAUAUUACGCAGUAUCUGGGCUUCAUGGCUAGUACGGCUGUGGGGCUAGGUAGGAGCUGGGGAAUGAAGAUUUAAGCCCUUGAGACAGGAAGAUUCAAGGGUGAUGGGAUGUGUCAACUAGUUGGUUGCAGAGUGGUAAAUGUAUAACCAGAGAUGCUGGGAGAUAGCGGACGUACUCUCUGCAUGUGGAAGAUUUUACCGUGUAGGAGGGGAAGGCUGAUCUUAUACAUUCCAAACUCUUCAGUUCUAACUAUGUACAGUACUAUACUUUUCGUGUUUGUUUCAUUCCAUGUAUUCCUUCUGCAGUGAAGCGGUGAGAUCUCUAUAAAAUGUACAAGGGGU